AUGUUUAAGAUACGUAGAAUUAAAGAUGUGGAGCCAACUGCUCCAGGCCAGAUCAACAUAAAAAAGAGGUCGAGGGUGCCCGGAGUGAUGAUUACUCAAUUCGUGGAGGAAGUCCCUGAAGGCAUGAGCACUCCAGAUUUCACCAGGAAGCCCAUAGCUCUGACCAUUCAAGAAGGAAAGCUGGCCAUUUUCAAAGCAGUCAUUGUUGGAAAGCCUGAACCAACAGUGACCUGGACAAGGAAUAAUGGAGAACUCAAUGAAGAAAAUUACAAAAUGGUCCACGACACCAGUUCUGGGGAGUACCAACUACAGAUCCCAGAUGUAUCAGUAGACCACGCUGACACCUACAAGUGUUUCGCUACAAACGAGUAUGGGAAAGCCAUCGUCACUGCUGCCCUUAAUGUCAUUGAGAUUGGCUAUAAAAAAAGCAGAGCCCUGCAGCAAUCAAGAACAGCUAUACGAGAAACACCUGAACAUUUAAGGAAGGCCUUAAAAACUACGGUUGACAAUGAACCCAAGCCAGAAACCAAACGAGUUAUCGAUGACAGAUUUUGGGAACUUUUGAUGAGCGCUGACAAAAAAAACUAUGAGAAUAUCUGUGGCGAGUACGGCAUCACAGAUUUCCGCUGGAUGCUGAAGAAACUGAGUGAGAAGAAGCUGGAAAGGGAACAUGAGCAAGAAAAGGUUGUUGAAAGACUGUGUAAUCUAAAGCCCAUUGAAAUGAAAGGAAACGGUGGAGCAGAAUUUGAACUUGAAAUGUCACUUAGGGACCCUACAAGCAGAAUCUUCUUAUAUAAGGAUGGUGUUAUGGUUCCUUUUGAUGUCGACACAGAGGUGAAACAUGGCCUGAGGCAAGUGGGGAAGAAGUUUGUUUUCAGCAUCAAUGGCAUUAGCCCAGAAGAUGCUGGAUUAUACCAAGUGGAGGUUGGCGGAGUUAAGAUCUUCUCGACUGAUUUGAAAGCUGACAAUGAUCCAAACUCGCAUGGAAAGAAGAAAGCCCGCAAAACAACGCGAGCAGGCGGCGGUGGAGGAGAUCUGUUGAAGAUCGCAGAGGAGCAACAAGCCAAGAUAGAGAAGGAGAGAGACGUGUUGCUUGCGAAGGCUAAGUCAGACGCGGAAGCUGAAGCUGAAGCUGAAGCUAAAGCUAAAGCUAAAGCCGAAGCAGAGGCUAAAGCUAAGGCAGAAACAGAAGCUAAAGCUAAAGUAGAGGCUAAAGUCGAAGCAAAGGCAAAAGCCAAGACAAAAGCAAAUGUAAAGAAAGUAGAAAAGGCUAAGACAAAAGAUAAAAAUGAAAAUGCAGGCAAAAAAGACACCACAACAGACACCACGGGCGAAGAUGAACAAGGUGAAGAGGAAGUCAAAGGGGAGGAUGAAGAGGACGAGGAAUAUGAAGAGGAGGAGGAAAAGGAAGAUGGCGAACCGACACCAGUAGCAGAUGCAGAAGAGGAGAAGAUGGUUCAAGAAAAGAAGAAGAGAGUGCGAGCUGGCCCUCUUGUUUCUGAUACUGUCAUUGACCCGGGAGUUUACUUUACCAGUGGUCUCUCGGACAUCAGUGCGAUCAUUGGUACGGAGUCGGAACUGGUAUGCAGACUGAGCAGUGAGGACUGUGAAGGGACCUGGUACAAAGAUGGAAAUGAGAUAACAACCACAGAGGAGAUGUGUAUUGUUAAUGAUGGGACUUAUCGCAAGCUAGUGUUCAAAAACUGCAAAGAAGAGGAUGCUGGGAAAUAUCGAUAUGAAGCUGACGGUCGUAAAACAGAAGCUUUGCUAGUUGUAGAAGAUCCUCCAAAAAUCAACAAGGAUGACCUCGCCGAGUUCAUCAAACCGGUUGUCAUAAAAACUGGCAAAGACGCAGCCUUCAAGCUGACCUUUGUGGGCCGUGAACCCAUGAAAAUCCAAUGGUACAACGAAGGUGAAGAGCUGCUGGAAGACACUCAUACCAGAAUUGAGAAGUCCGGCUCAUAUAGUCGCCUGCUGCUUCUGAAGUGCAACCACAAAACCAGAGGCGAAAUAAAGAUAAAGAUUAAAAAUGAAUUUGGAGCAACAGAGGCCAUCACCCAGCUCAUUGUAUUAGACAAGCCAACGCCACCCUUGGGCCCUAUAGACAUCAUUGAAAGUUCAGCAUCCUGUAUCGACUUCAAAUGGAGGCCUCCAAAAGAUAAUGGAGGCUCCUCUAUCACAGACUACAUCCUGGAACGCCAGCAAAUUGGUCGAAACAGUUGGAAGAAAUUGGGGAAAAUUGGACCCGAGGCUAAAUACAGGGACACGGAUGUGGACCACGGACGAAAGUACUGCUAUCACAUCAGGGCUGAAAAUGAUCAAGGCGUCAGUGAAAUGAUGGAAACUGAUGAUAUCCAGGCAGGGACCAAAGCAUUCGCUGGACCUCCCACCGGACUGAAAGUUGUAAGUGUUUUUAAAGACUGCAUCAACCUUGCAUGGUCUGCACCUUCAAAUACUGGUGGAACAAACAUUUUGGGAUACAAUGUGGAGAAACGAAAGAACGGCAGCAAUCUUUGGGGCCUUGUCAACCCACCAGAUGAACCCAUUAGAGAGAAGAAGUAUGCGGUGAAGGACGUUGUUGAAGGCAUCGAGUAUGAGUUUCGUGUUUCAGCUAUCAACAUUUCUGGUGUUGGCGAGCCAAGUGCACCUUCCGAGUUUGUUGUUGCACGAGAUCCAAAGAAGCCCCCUGGAAAAGUCACAGACUUGAAGGUGACUGAUUCGACAUACACCACCUUAUCUUUAACCUGGACCAAACCUAAGGAAGAAGAAGGGGUCCAGGAUGAGGCCAAGGGGUAUUUUGUGGAGCUCAGGCCAGCAGAGAACCCAGAAUGGGGUCGCUGUAACUCCAGCGCUAUCAUCAUGAACUCCUUCACCAUCAUGGGCCUCAAGUCCAUGGCUAUGUACUGGGUGAGAGUCGUCGCCACCAACGAGGGUGGAGACGGUGAACCUCAAGAGUUAGACAACUACGUCAUUGCAAUGCCCCCCCCAGUGAGACCUCAUUUUACUGACAAGAAAAUGAAGAAUUUCUUAGUAACAAGGGCUGGGAAUUCCGCAAGACUCAACUAUAACUUUGAGGCUUCUCCAAUACCGACUAUUACAUGGCUCAAGGAUGGGCUGCCCGUCCCCAAGCAUGUGACAGUGAACAAUUCAGACACGUCAUCACAGUUAAUGAUCACUUCGUCAGAGCGUCAGGACACUGGGAUCUACACCCUUAUCUUGAAGAAUAUUGUUGGACAGGAGACCUCCAGUGUUGAGAUAAGAGUGACAGAUGACCCCAAGCCUCCAGGCCCAGUGGAGUUGGAAGAAAACGUGUCUGGAACGGUCACAAUUGCCUGGACUGCCUCUCCGGAUGAGAAGAAAGACGACAGGCUACACUACAUGAUCAGCAAGCGUGACUCUGUCAAGCGUACAUGGCAAACUGUCGCUGACCAUCUUUUUAACAACAAGUUCACUGCCAUCAACAUCAUGCCGGGAAGGCAGUAUAAGUUCCGGGUCUACGCUAAGAAUGAUAUGGGGACUUCUCAGCCCUCAGAGUCGCCCACCUGGGAGGUGAAGAGAGAGAAAGAAUCAUUUUCUUUGAACCUUCCGGCCUCAAAGGACUGCAGCUUCGAGGCACCUCCUGCCUUCUCUGUCCCACUAAAAAUGCAUAACGCUCCCGAGAGCUACGAGUGCUACAUGAGCUGUGCCGUGACCGGAAACCCCAAACCCUACAUCACUUGGUACAGAAACAACAUCAACCUGAACACCAACUCUAGCUAUUACAUCACCAACACUUGUGGGGUGUGCUCCAUGGCCAUACUCAAGGUGGGGCCCAAGGACAGCGGGGAGUACACCGUCGUCGCAGAGAAUGCCCUGGGUAGAGUGGAGUGUUCAACCAAACUUGUUGUCAAAGAUUAGGUGGCAUACUCGUGAACAACUCCUGCUCCUUGAAGAAGAAAUAAAAAAAAAAAAAAAAAUUAAGUGGGAAAGUGCUGCCAUGAUGUCUGCUCAUUGGAAU